CCAGAGCGAACCUGGAGCCCGGGCGUCCAUGGGGUGCCGCCUCCGCCUGACCUCGAGCACUACGCGCGCUGUUCGCGGCCCUGAGCUGGACUUGGGACUUCGGGAGAGGACCGCGCGGCCCGGAGAGGUGUUGUGGAGCAACACGAUGGCUGAACAACUCCUUCCUCAGGCACUGUACUUGAGCAAUAUGCGGAAAGCUGUGAAAAUCAGAGAGAGAGCUCCAGAAGAUAUUUUUAAACCUACCAAUGGAAUCAUUCAUCAUUUCAAAUCCAUGCACCGAUACACACUGGAAAUGUUCAGAACUUGCCAGUUUUGUCCACAAUUUCGGGAGAUCAUCCACAAAGCUCUCAUAGACAGAAGCAUCCAGGCCUCCCUGGAAAGUCAGAAGAAGCUCAACUGGUGUCGAGAAGUCAGGAAACUUGUGGCUCUGAAAACGAAUGGUGAUGGAAAUUGCCUCAUGCAUGCUGCUUCUCAGUACAUGUGGGGCGUCCAGGACACAGACUUGGCCCUGAGGAAGGCGCUCUUCAGCACUCUCAAGGAGACGGACACGCGCAACUUUAAAUUCCGUUGGCAGCUGGAGUCUCUUAAAUCUCAGGAAUUUGUGGAAACGGGGCUUUGCUAUGACACCCGGAAUUGGACUGAUGAAUGGGACAACCUUGUCAAAAUGGCAUCCACAGACACCCCAGGGGCCCGAAGUGGCCUUCAGUAUAAUUCACUGGAAGAAAUACACAUAUUCGUCCUUUGCAACAUCCUCAGAAGGCCAAUCAUCGUCAUUUCAGACAAAAUGCUGAGAAGUUUAGAAUCAGGUUCCAAUUUCGCUCCUUUGAAGGUGGGCGGAAUUUACUUGCCUCUCCAUUGGCCUGCCCAGGAAUGCUACAGAUACCCCAUUGUUCUUGGCUACGACAGUCAACAUUUUGUACCGCUGGUGACCCUGAAGGACAGUGGGCCUGAAAUCCGAGCUGUUCCACUUGUUAAUAGAGAGCGAGGAAGAUUUGAAGACUUAAAAGUUCACUUUUUGACAGAUCCUGAAAACGAGAUGAAGGAGAAGCUCUUGAAAGAAUACUUGAUGGUGAUAGAAGUCCCAGUCCAAGGCUGGGACCAUGGCACCACCCACUUGAUUAAUGCUGCAAAGUUGGAUGAAGCUAACUUGCCGAAGGAAAUCAACCUGGUAGAUGACUACUGUGAACUGGUCCAGCACGAGUACAAGAAGUGGCAGGAGAACAGCGAGCAGGGGCGCAGAGAGCUGCAGGCUCAGCACGCUUUGGAACCCUCCGUCCCCCAGCUGUCUCUCAUGGACGUAAAAUGUGAAACACCCAACUGUCCUUUCUUCAUGUCCGUGAACACCCAGCCUCUAUGCCAUGAAUGUGCAGAGCGGCGGCAAAAGAACCAAAACAAAUCCCCAAAGCUGAACUCCAAGCCAGGCCCUGGCGUGGUGCUGGGAGCCUCUCGGGGUGAGGCCUAUGAGCCCGUGGCCUGGAGCCCUGAGGAGCUACCUGGGGGGCCUCGCUCGGCCCCUCCGACGGCACCCAGCCUUUUCCUGUUCAGCGAGACCACGGCGAUGAAGUGCAAGAGCCCCGGCUGCCCGUUCACGCUGAACGUGCAGCACAACGGAUUUUGUGAACGAUGCCACAAUGCCCGGCAACUUAACGGGGGCCACACCUCGGACACCACGAGGCGUUUAGACCCUGGUAAGUGCCGAGCCUGCCUCCAGGAUGUCACCAGGACAUUUAAUGGGAUCUGCAGCACUUGCUUCAAAAGGACUAUGACAGAGUCCUCAGACCUCAGCUCCAGUAUCCCUCCUUCCUGUCAUCAGAGGUCUAAGUCGGACCCAGCACAGCUCAUCCAGAGUCUCUCCCCACACUCCUGCCACAGAGCUGGGAGCGAGGCCCCCCCUGGCUGCCUUUCUCAGGCCACGCGGACUCCAGGGGAUAGGACGGGGACGAGCAAGUGCAGGAAAGCUGGUUGCAUGUAUUUUGGGACUCCCGAAAACCAGGGCUUUUGCACGCUGUGUUUCAUCGAGUACAAAGAAAAUAAACACUUGGUUGCCGCGUCGGGAAAAGCCAGGCCCGCGGCCCCCAGGUUCCAGAACGCCGUGCCCUGCCUCGGGCGGGAGUGCGGCACCCUCGGGAGCACCGUGUUUGAAGGAUACUGUCAGAAGUGCUUCAUUGAGGCUCAAAAUCAGAGAUUUCAUGAAGCAAAAAGGACUGAAGAGCAACUGGUGAGACAUUUUGAGGUUCUCCUCCUCCCCCGUGGGCCAGCCCUGCCUGCUGGAGCUGCUGCUUUUCAUAGAAUGAGCCAGCGCAGAGACGUGCCUCGAACCACGCAGAGCGCCUCCAGGCCCAAGUGUGCCCGGGCCUCCUGCAAGAACAUCCUGGCCUGCCGCAGCGAGGAACUCUGCAUGGAGUGCCAACACCUGGGCCAGAGAGUGGGCCGGGGCGAGCCCCUUCCUGACGAGCCCCCCAAACAGCGCUGCCGGGCCCCUGCCUGCGACCACUUCGGCAAUGCCAAGUGCAAUGGCUACUGUAACGAGUGCUUUCAGUUCAAGCAGAUGUAUGGCUAAAGCGAAGCAGGUGAGCCAGCCCCAGCCGUUAGCCAGCGUGGUGCUGUCCUCGAAACACUCCGGGGCCCGUCCCUGCGACGGUGGGCUCAAGGGCGUCUUUGAGCAGGAGAGGAAAGAGAAGCUGUUGGUCACGGCCUUGGAUUCGGUAACUGGGGAGUGCUCCUCGGUGGCCUGCGAGCCCUGAGUGGCCGCGGUGGUGUCGGGUCCAGCCUGGUGCUCCUCCUCGCCUGCGAGCCGAGACAGGGACUUCGUGGACGUGGGAUGUGUGCCAGGACUGCGACAUCACCGUUCGAGAAAAGGGACAAGGAACGGUGAGAGCCACUCCGCCUGCCUUCAGUGCGCUGCUUGGAGGCGAGAAGCUGAGCCCUGUGGCCCACGGGCCUCUGUGAGGUCGGGAAGCUCAGGGAGAAGAGACAGUGUCAGUGUCAGGGGUUCAUGGUUUUUCCCUGCCUGCUUAUUCCUUUCCCAUGGACUGAUUCUGAGGCUGCUGAGAUGAAGUUUGUACUGUAAAGCAAACCAGCUGCUCUUCACAAUAUGCACCUUGUAAGAACCAGAAUAUUUUAGUGGGAAGACAUGUAACUCUCGGUUAUCACAGUCUUCACUUCUGAACAGGUUAACUUGAACUGUGGUGUGCAUAAAAAAAUGUGUACAUAGAUAACGCACCCUGUGUAUGAGGGGUUUUUUUGUGUUGUGUUGAAAUGCUGCCCUAGAGUAAGAAGACUGAAUGAUAAUAACCUAUUUUCUGGUUGUUGUCGGGCACCACCUGUAUGUACAGCCUUCAUGAACUGAACCCACUGCCUUGUUAAAGGCCCUGUGUCUAGAGUUUACUUUAUUUAUUUUAUUGCAAACUUUAAGGUUAUUUAAAUGAAGUUUCUUCUGUUCUGGGGGAAAUGCCUCCAUAUCUUCUUGGGAUAACAUGUUUGCUGUGGGUCUCCUCGUGGAGCCAGACAAGAUCCUGACUGCAGCAGGGGUGUCCGCCUCUCUGGUGCACCUUCGUUGCUUCCCUAGGAAAGAAGGAAUUGCAUCAAUAGUAAACUUAUUAAAAUCUCGUGCUUCUCCGUGAAACUUGGGCCAGAGCCACUUCCCAACCGCAGUGCAGAAUUGUCUCUGACUGUGCUACCUCCUGAGGGAUCACAUUGGGAAGGAGCAGGGAUGGGAUUGGAGAAGGUCACGGGCUAACACGUGGCCUUCAGUGAUGGUUUUAUUUGCUGUAUCAGUGCUGUCCUGGGGUGCAGGGCAGUGACCUCACAUCCAUGAGAAUGAGGACAUUUCUUCCUGUCCUCGGCCUGCAGCUUCUCUCUGUACUUUGUGUCACUGUUUUCUUCCUAGAAGAUAAAAGGGUGGGAGGAAACACACUUUUCCUCAGAUGUAAAAGUUACCAUUUUUUUAUCUGGACUAAUUUUACAUAGUCUUCAGUGUUUU